AUGAACGGCAAGCAGGUCUACUCCCCAAGGAGUUCCACGGAUCAGUCCGGUGGUGGGACUCUCGGAACUCGCUCGACAAGAACCGACUACGAUUUGGAGCGAUCCAAUCUAGGCCCGAUGCUUUCUGUCGACUUCUCUGCUCCCCUGGCAGGGGAUCAGCGACAGGAGAGGAUCAAACAGAUGACAAAGAAUCAUCCCUCUAUUGAAAGAUCUCGCAGCAUCCAGGAGGUUUUGGUUAAUGUGCAGACAGCUUUGCGACGCAUGCCCGGAGUUUCAACCGGUGAAUCUAAAGAGAUUAAUGACCAGCUCAAGGAGGCGGGACAGAUCAUCAGUCAAGAUACUAAUCAACUUGUGCGCGACCUGAUGAGCUCGUCCCUGGAGCUCCAGGAAAAUAAUCAGGCUGUUAUCAGAAUGAGCAUUGAGUCCAAUCUUCUCAAGGCCACCGUGGACCAGAAGGACCAGGAGGUCAACCACCUCCGCCAACAGCUUACCGAAGCGCAUGAGAGACGCGAAGAGACAGAUGUUUACGUCAAGCAGAUACUGGACGAUCUUAAUAGCGUGACUGACGAGGCGAAGACUUUGAAGGAGUCGGCCCAGAACUGCGACGCUUCUCACGAAGGAUGCGGGAAGCUGAUUAAGGUAAUACAACAACUCGAGGCAUGUUUUCGUCCUACUAACGAGGCCCAAUCCCCACCACAGGGUCUUGAAGAAACCGUUCAGCAUCUGGAGGAACAGGUGAACAAUCGGCGAUCCCUUUGGGUGAUGAAGCAUCCCAGCCCCGAUUCUCUCGCCCGCGCGAUUGAAACUUUGGCUGAUGCGGUGCCCGAGAAGGAUAAGGAUGCCAUUGCCAGGAGCUUCAAGACGCUCCGCAUGAAGACUUCAAAGGAGAACCUCCUCGCCACCAGUGAUCCGAUUCCUGCCGCGACCCAAGAGCCUCGGCAGAAGUACCGCAACUUCGCUGCCAUGACCCGGGCACCAUCUGCCUUCCAGCCCAUGGAGCGCACUUCUACCGUGAUGCCAACCAAGUUCUCACCAUUGCAGGCCGGUCCGCCACGAGCACCCACCGUCAACCAACAUCGAAGCGGUGCCCAAACCCCUUGGUUUCACACCAACGGAGGUAGUGUACCUCGUCAUGUCAACACUCCGCUUGCGAGUGCGCCGCCAGCCUUUGGUGGCGGCCACCGGAAUGGCGUUGCCCGCCGAGGCAGCCAGCUUCAGCUCCCAACCUCAUAUCGGGGUGGUGCCCCAGACUUUUACCCAACUUCUAUCUUUUCGCCUGCUGUGAGUAGUCCGCCGAAGAGGCCAGUGACACCCCUGGACGAUGUGAACCAAGACCCUUGGUAUCCUAGAUAUCAUCUUCCAAGUCCACAGCGACUGACUGAGGGUGACGAGCCCCGUGUUUUCCAGGACCCCUUCAAUGUGAACAAUACCAACAGCUCUGCGCUCGUGGGCCGCAACGGCCGGCACACCCCGUCCCUGAUCCACAUGACUGAGCGCACCGUCAUCGAAUGGUCCAGGCAGAUGUCCGACUUCUAUGCCACCAUCCGGACCUUUGUCGACAAGCACGCGGGCUGCCCCCUCGCCCAGCACCCGGCUUCUCUGCACGACACGGCCAUCUGGCCGGUUCUCCUGCGCACAUACCUCCCGCUCUCCCAGGACGAGGCCCAGGCCUACCUCGACUUCCAUCUUAGGGACGGCACGUCAAAGCUUUGCCUCGUGACCCGGGUCAUUGUCGACUAUGUCGUCAACAUUGUUUGGGUGGCUAGUGCCUGGAAGGGCAGCGAAGAUGAGUCUUCGCGCCUUCUGGACAACUUGAUCAUAGACCUUGCAACAACCCAAGGCCAGGCAUCCGCCGUCCGCCAGCCCCUCCUGGACCGCCAGGCAUCAAUCAUCUGCGCCAUCAUGGACAAGCAGGAGCCGGGCUCCGUCUUCUACAAGUCCAAGAUCGAGCAGAUCGCGGGCUCGCUGCUCACGAACCUGCAGCCGCUCCUGAACGAGUACACGUCCGCGUACGACGCCUUCAAGGACCUCAUCGCCGUCGCGGAGAACGCGUGGGAGCUCUCCUCGAGGAUCCUCAUAAGCAGACUGACCUUUGACUUCCGCUUCCCCGAGAUCGGCAGCCGCUUCUCGAGCCAGAGCAUGACGCCCAUCUGGCCCGUGCAGGUCGACCCGACCGAGCUGCAGGCCAAGCACUGGCGCGUCGCGCUCGUCACCACGCCCGUCAUCACCUGCCGCAACGACACGGGGACCAACAUCUCGGCGCACUCGGUGGCGCACGCGGAUGUCAUCUGCAUGCAGUGA